GGAAUCAAGACACUAACGCAGCCAAUGGAAAUGUCAAAAUUUGGGUGGUUUGACGUGCUCACGGCCCUCCUCUCUAUGGGCAUGUUCUACUUCGACGUUACGUCCGAUGUUCUCGUGGCCUACUACAUGUACAAUGACGAGGCAACCCAUGAUUGGUUCCUCACCACCGUUCUGCUGCUAGUCAUACCUCUGGUGGUGGUAAAUGGAUUCAGCUUGUACUGGUAUUGGUUCGACGAGAACGUGUGCGAGUCUGAAGGAAUGUGUUACAAGUUACCUAAAUCCUCACCCUGCUUAUGGGCAUUUAGAAUUAUUGCUCACAUCCUUCUGCAGUCUAGCAUCCUCAGGUCCUUGGAUGUGAUAUAUUAUGGGAUUCAGAGUGUAAGAAAAGGAACAUUGGUGCCGAGCCGUGAUCACAAUCAUCACCAAAGAAAUAUGAUGGUCAAUGUUGACGAAAACAAGCUCGGAGAGGGCAGCAGAGAAGCUACAAAUGCAUGUUCCCUGAGGCGUCCUUACCGUGAGCUGUGGGUCCAUGCAGAAAGAGAUGCUGCAAAUGUGGACGUGUUGUCGUCGUUGCUGCAAGAUGCGCCCCAGCUCAUCUUGCAGCUUUAUAUUAUGACACACACCAUCCCUUCUCAAGCACUGGAGGGCGAGAUCAGCCAGACAUUGAUGAUGCAGCUGUUGUCAGUAGGAGCUUCAUUGGUAGCUAUGGCACUGUCUGUGGCAUCCUUCUCAAAGGCAACACGCCUGGCUGAACCCUCCAUAGGAAACCUGAGCCCUGCAGGUCUGCUUCUCCUCUCCUUAUCGCACUUCUGCUCCAUUGCCCCUCAGGUUCUGUGUUUUGCGCUCUUUGCUGGGAAGUACCUGAUUGUUUUCCUGGUGUUGGUGUCGUGCCACUGGCUAGCCACCAGUAUUCUUGUGCUUAUCCAGCUCUUGUGCUGCGCAAAUCCACUUCGUAUAGGAUCCAUCUUCACUCACGACAUUAGAAAAGGUCCAUGCAACCGGCUGGAUGAUAUAGCCUUCAGUGCUGUGUUUGGAAUGAUUUUGCUCUACACAUUUGUGAAUGUAGGUGGGAAGGCUCCUAAGAUCCAGGCCGGAGUGUACCACUUCCUUAGACUCGUGGAGGAGGCAUGUAUGCUGGCAUUUUGGUACUUGACAACAGAAGGCAACCUUUGGUAUCACUGGCUACCGCUGGUGCUGGUGUCUCUCCUGUGUGUGCUGGGCAUUGUGUUCUUCUCCCUCUACUACUUUUGUGCCAACCCAGACCAUCGCUACAAAAAACAGCUUGCUGUGUGAUAUUAUGUUUACUUACACAAAGUAUUAGAACAUUUGACAAAUUAAGGCUAGUGUAAAUAUUACAGGAGUAGUGAAAUGCCAAUUUGUAGUUAAACUAAACUAGUUAGAUUACUUGGGAAGGACCCCAAUGAAACUAGGCUGGUCACGAUACUACUGAAAUGUGAGAAUGUGGAACUGUCAUUAUUAGUUAAUAAUAUCGUUUAGCUAAUCUGCAGACAAGCCUAAAAUCUAAUUUUGGGAUACCAUGAUUGCAUUUUUACUAAAAAUACUGAUUAAUGGUGAACAUGUUGUGAUGAUAAUGCUUUAUGCAUUAGACAUUUUGAAAUGGGUAACUGGGUUUGCUAAUGACAUUCCAAUUAAAUGAAGUAAAUGUGUUCUACGCACUGACAUUUUUGUUGAUAAAGACAAAAAAUGUUAUUGUUAAAUUUGUGCUGUAAAUAAGACAGCAUUGUAAUGAAAUGUCAAUUUCUGGGUGAGCCCCAUUGGCUUCCUUAAGCUACUGUCACUGAUAGUGUACCCACUACUAGGCUGCAUCAGCUGAAGAGUUCUAUAGUCCUACUAGGAAUCAACACCAGAACCUGGCCCCCCCUUACAGAGGUGCAGGGAGUGGGUAGCAUUUAUUUAUCUAUGGUAUCAUCGGGGAAGCAACCCAAAGUCAGCAAGACAACUGCAAUGUCAAGAACCAGUCUCCGUGGUAAGACACUCGCCUGGCGUUCAGCGAGCGCUUUAUCAUGGGUUCAUAUCCUGGCCGGGGAGGAUUUACUGGGCGCAAAUCCUUAACUGUAGCCUCUGUUUAACUCAACAGUAAAAUGGGUAUU